AGAACAUGUGCGCUUCCAGUAGACCCUGCCAUGCACAAGAUGCUCGUCAGGUCGAAGUUGUCAUCAAGUUGUUCCCAAUAUGAAUCUGAAGAGCCAGCCACCACACCAGAACAAGAUGAGGAACACCCUGAAGAAGAUGUUCGGCAGCCGGCCAAAGUCAGACAUGCCAGUGGCGACGUACUCUCGGACCAAACACCCACUGGCAAACCCGAACAGAUCAUCAGCCCCUCCUGCUUUCACCCGGUCUCACAGCAUGCGCGAGGCGAACACAUAUGUCAUCCCCGACUCCUACUUCAACGAACCACGAUGUCAGACGUCCACACAACAACUACGAAUGCCAGGGCAAGACGACCCGGACUCAUUCCGCCUGGCUUCCCGCACCUAUCAAUUCCGAGCAGCACACCAGUCGCUUAUGGCCAAUUUCCCACAGGCCAGGGUCGUGGACGCCGGACAGUUCCCCGGAAAUAUGGAAUUACUAGAUGGAGUGCGCAAAGAAGACACUCACUUCUUCGUGGCAAUGGAUUCGGAGGACUCGUCGCAGUAUAUCGCAGUCAACCUGGUCAUAUUCAGCGCCGCAGUACCUCCACCACCCGCAUCCACCUGUCCCGAACUGCAGCCAAUAGUGGUUGCACAAGAUGCCUUGGCUCAUCUCUUGAGACAAUGGCAGCGGGGUGGAGUCUCUGAUGGCUUCCUAGCGAUCGUGUCCAUGGGCACAGAAUCGUCUGUACACGUGUUCCGAGCGAAGGAGGGCUUCGUGGAACUGCCCGCAUAAAAGAGAUCUCUUGCUGGGAUCAGAAUCUUUUCGAUGAACGCUGCAUUCGCAGUGGGCGAGCAUAGAAUGCUGAGCACGGAGUUUUGGAGUUUUGAUUUUGGAGAGUGAUGAUUUUAGAUAUAAUUACUACUGGGCGGCAGUCUAGUAGAGAAUAAUGUUGGAGAAGUAAAGAGACGCGCCUUCUCAGGCGCCUAAUUCCAAAGCCAAUGGUUCAUGCUCUGGACAAAGCAGAACCACCUGAUGGCCAUGAUAUCAGUCCUCAACCAAUUAAAGCAGUAAGACACAA